AUGGCUUCUGCAAUUUUCUGCAUUGGACUCAUACUUUUCUCUCUCCUCCUCCUUCCAUGUGAAGCCCAUGAAACCAUACAACCCUUUGAAUAUAUAUACCAGUUGGGAGAUUCAUUGGCGGAUACAGGGAACCUUAUUCGCCAAAGCGCCACCGGCAAAACAGUAGCUGCUGCCCAUCUGCCGUAUGGCGAAAGCUUUCUUGGCAGGCCCACCGGACGCUGGUCUAAUGGCCUUCUCAUUAUAGACUUCGUCGCCAUAGCUCUUUCUCUCCCACUGCUCAAUCCUUAUCUCGAAAGCAACGCCACAUUCGAUCAUGGCGCCAACUUUGCAGUAGCCGGAAGUACAACAUUGGACUAUACUUUCUUGACCACAAUGGGCGUUUAUAAUCCAACGACUAAUAUUUCCUUAGGUGAUCAGCUUAGCUGGUUUAAAUCCCACCUCAACACCAUUUGCCACACACCAGCAGAAUGUGAGGAACUGCUCAGCAAGGCUCUUGUCUUCGUGGGAGAGAUCGGAGGCAAUGACAUUAACUAUCCUUUCAUGCAGGGCAAAUCCAUUCAAGAGAUUUACACUUAUCUGCCAUAUAUGAUAGAGGCCAUUACUAAUGUUGUUAGAGAAGUGAUACACCUUGGUGCUGUAAAUAUCAUAGUUCCCGGAAAUCUUCCAAUAGGAUGCUUACCGGGCUUCCUAACAACCGUCUCUGGUGGUGAUGCGACAACAUAUGACACUAUCGGAUGCUCAAAAGAAUUAAAUGAGCUAGCAUUGGUUCAGAACAACUAUCUCCAGGACUCUUUAGCCUUGCUCAGGCUUGAAUUUCCUCGUGCUAAUAUAAUGUAUGCCGACUACUAUGCAGCUUACCAAACAAUUCUUUGGCAUGCAGCUGAUUUAGGGUUCAACCCUAAAACGUUGUUAAAAUCAUGCUGUGGAAUUGGAGGGCUAUAUAACUACGAUGAGAACAGGAAAUGUGGGUCUCAUGGUGUGCCUACUUGCCCUAACCCAGGUCAAUACAUAAGUUGGGAUGGAAUCCAUUUGACACAAGAGGCAUACCGUCAUAUUACAAAAAUUCUCCUAGCCGAUAUCUUUCCUACAGUGCAAUCCAUUUAG